AUGUCUUUUUGUCAGAAGAAUCCACAAUGUUCACCUGAUCAACCUCUUCAGACCCACAGUGAGACCCAGGCCUUGGAGGUUGAACAGGUCCCCGAGGCUCUGGAGGAGGCCUGUCUCUCCUCCCAUCCUCCAAUGCCUGGUGAUUCGAAAGAGGCUCCUGAUGCUGGUAUCCUCAGUACCUUUGAGAGUCCUCAGAAUUUCUGCUCCUCCUCAAUUGUCACCAUAGUCACCUCAUCAAGCAAAUCUGGUGAGGGCUCCAGUAGCCAGGAUGAAGAAAGUAGCCCCUUAGGGGCAGGUCCAGACCCUAAGAAUGUGCCCAUAGAUGCCCUAGAUGAAAAUGUGGCUUUGUUGGUGAAUUUCAUGCUUCUCAAGUAGCAAAUGAAUGAGCUAAUAACCAAGGCAGAUAUGUUGAAGAUUGUCAGCAAAGAGUAUGAACACCACUUCAUUGAGAUCUUCCUGAGAGCCUUUAUGCACAUGGAGAUAGUCUUUGGCCUUCAUGUGAAGGAAGUGGAUCCCACCAACCAUUGCUAUGUCAUCAUCAAAGUGGGCCUCACCUAUGAUGGGAUGUGGCAUGAUGAAAAGGGCAUGCCCAAGACCGGCAUCCUGAUACUUAUCCUGGCUGCGAUCUUCAUGAAAGGCAACCGUUCCACAGAAGAGGAAAUUUGGCAAGUUCUGAGGGUGACUGGGGUGUAUUCUGGGAAGAAGUGCCACAUCUUUGGAGAGCCCAGGAAGCUUAUCACCGAAUAUUUCAUGGAGGAGGAAUACCUAAAGUACCAGCAGGUGUGCAACAGUGACCCUGUACAAUUUGAAUUUCUGUGGGGCCCGAGAGCCCACACUGAAACCACCAAGAUGCAAGUCCUAGAGUUCAUGGCCAAGGUUCAUGGGAUUGACCCAAGUUGUGCCCCAUUUCAGUAUGAAGAGGUGUUGCAAGAUGAAGAAGAGGAAGUUCGAGCCAGACUUUCAACCAGGGCUGUCUCUACUUCUGUGGCCACUACCAGUUCUAUGGCCAAGCCUGCCCAUGCCAAAAACAACAAAGUCCUGGAAUCUUUUACCAGGGUCCAUGCUACAGUCUCCAUGGCCUUUCCUUCCUGGUAUAAAGAGGCUGUAAGAGAUGAGGAAUAG